UGAUUAUCCAAUAAUAAUUAAACAUUCAAUCGAUAUAUCAACCAUACAUAAUAAAGUAUUACGUGGAGAAUAUAAAAAUCCAUUAGAAUUCUGUGAUGAUGCAUGGCUUACAUUUAAUAAUAUAUGGCUUUCUAAUGAAAAAACAACACCUAUCUAUGGAAUAUGUUCAAAACUUGCAGAAUUAUUUGUUGAAUCUAUUGAUCCUGUUCUAGAGGCAUUAGGUUGUUGUUGUGGUCGUCAAUAUCUAUAUUUACCACAAGCUUUGUUAUGUUGUGGCAAGAAACAAUGUUGUCAAAUCUCAGUCAAUGAUAAUUAUUAUUAUUAUAACAAUCCCGAACCAUCACGAUUUAAUUUGUCCAAUGAUCAAUAUACGGUGUUGGUGUUGGUGUGGGUGUGUGUUUAUCUUUUCUUCAUCUAG